UAGAAGUCAGUCCUGAAGCGAGCGAGGCUUACUCACGGUGUCAUUUACUAAUCUCUGUAAUGUAGUCUGAGAACUACGACUCCGAAAGUAACACGCCCGAGUUAUCGUUUUUACAGUUUACCGAUUUCGCUUAAAUUCGUGCUUUAUUCAAGGCAGAGGUCCAACAUGAGUGGAGGAGGGACGCCGUACAUCGGCAGCAAAAUUAGCCUAAUCUCCAAGGCCGAGAUUCGCUAUGAAGGAAUUUUGUACACCAUUGACACUGAAAACUCGACAGUAGCUCUUGCAAAAGUUCGCUCUUUCGGCACUGAGGACCGGCCCACUGACCGGCCUGUUCCACCUCGGGAGGAAGUGUUUGAGUACAUCAUCUUCAGAGGGAGCGACAUAAAGGACCUUACAGUAUGUGAGCCACCCAAAUCCACUAGCUCCCUGCCUCAGGACCCUGCUAUAGUGCAAUCGUCACUUGGAUUAAGCAAUGCUGCAGCAGGACCAUCAUUCCAGUCGGUUGGGCCCUAUGCGGCGCUCAGCAAGGGCCCCGUCCCGCCAUACAGCCAGUAUAGUGUUGCACCCCUUGCAGCGCAGCAGUUCGGUUCUGUUGGAGCCGGCGGGCGCAUCAGUCCCCAGCUGGACUCUUUAAUGAAACGUCCUACCCUGGAGCAGGCAGUGAAGGCCCCGCCGUCAGCUGCCCCGGCACCUCCUGCCCCCGUGGGUCAGAGGAGCCAGACAGAGGCGCCAACUCCCAGACCCAGCAGCCCCAUCGUUGGCAGCCAGCGCCCCCCCGACCUCCUGGAGCAAAGAAGGGCUCCUGAGGUCCAGAAGCUGUCACAGCCAGAUCAUGAACACAACGCUCUUGAAAACCGAGAUCCCAACAAGCGCCACGGCGUUUUUCUGUCAGCUGGUGCUCAGCCCCCACGUCGUGGCCGCGGACGAGGAAACCGCAGCAGAGGCAAAGUCAACGUGCGCAGGGAUGGUGCCGUGACCUUUGAGGAAGACUUUGACUUUGAGACGGCCAACGCGCAGUUCAACAAAGACGAGAUUGACAAGGAGCUCCAGAACAAGCUCAAAUUGAAAGAUGACAAGAUUGAAAAGCCACUGAAUGGAGAAGAACCUGCUGAGUCCGAACGUCCAGCCAACGAGGCCACUAACGAGGAAGCUGAGGCUGCGAUAAACACCUACUAUGACAAGACCAAGUCCUUCUUUGAUAACCUCUCUGCUGAUGAUUUAAGUAAAGGAGGUGAUAGAGGGUUUUCAAGGGAGCGAAGGACAACCUGGGCAGAAGAGAGACGAAUGAAUGCCGAGACAUUUGGCAUCCCCCUGAGGCAUAAUCGAGGAAGAGGAGGUUUCCGCGGCCGGGGCUUUAUGGGGCCCCGCGGAGGCCGAUCGCUGAGCAGAGGCUCCUUCGGGCCCCCCCGAGGCCCUCCACCUGGUUUCAGAGGCGGCAGAGGAGGCCGGGAUUUCUCUGACUAUGAAUAUAGGAAGGACAACAAGGUGGCUGCAUAGUACGACGGCUCCUCAAAGAAUUGAAGCCCCUCAUCAUGCAAUGAUUCCCGUUGAAGACAUUCUUUGGUCUCGACAUUUGACAGACUGAAUGAAGACAUCCCCUCCGUCACCAGCAGCAGGGCUGGCUGCUUUACAUCGGGGGAGGGGGGGGGGGGGGGGUGAGAGUGCAGCUCCCUUUUCUCCACUUUUGAGAAUUAGGCUUUUUUAUUUGUUUUUGUUUCCUUUUUUGGGCCCAGACAUGUUUGAUACACAGCCACCAGAUGGACAAGAACAUGUGUAAAUACCUUACUUGGGAGCGAGUCUGUAUUUUUGCAUUGAUCCGGUUCAUUUCUUACUGAAGUUGUCUUUGAUAUUGAAAACGCUGUAUGCGGGGGCAAGCCCACCGAUACCGAGUGGAUCACAGGUCAUGUGAUCGAUAGCUUUAUUUUUUUAGUUACAUUUUUUUGUUGUUGUGUGUGACGGCCCCAAAAUUGUGUGCAUUGCCAGUUGCACCCUAGUUUUCUCUGCUCAGACUUGGUGUGUUGCCACGUGUUCAGUAUUUUUACCCAUAAUGCAGGAAAAGAGGUUUUCUGGACAUUCAUUUUCAAUGAAGUAGUGAGAUCGAAGCUAGCUGAUGGAAAAUAAAUCUGAACUGAAUAUUGUAAUGAAUGAAUGUAUAUCUAGCUUAUCUUCUACUUACUGCCCCCCUAAGCAAAGCGUGGCUCACCAGACUUUUCACUUUUAGUUUUUAGAAAGGUUCAUUCAGUAUUUUGAAUUGCGUAGAUCAUACCUAGACAUCGUGCCACUUCUGAAGUAUGUUUCCGCGUUUCUGUUUGUGGCCGGAGCUGCACGCCUGUUAAUGGCGACAGCCUAUUGCAUGCGACCAAUAGGAGCCGGCCAUCUGAUUUGAUAUUUGGAGUUUACAGCAUUAGUUUUAAAAGGAGGUUUUUUUUUUGUCGACCUUUAGAUUUCUUGACCUGAUGUUUUUGUUUUUUUUCAUAGUUGACUAAACAAAGAGCAUUCCCUUGAUUUGUGUCUGUUACUGUUAAUGCCUUUAGAAGUUCUUAGGAAAGGAAAACCUUCAGUGUAUUCAGUUUCAUCCUGCAGUCAGAAUGACUUUGACCAGUUAAAUUUUGAUUAAAUAAAGAAGAAAUGCGCCGUUACUUUGCCAAAAAAAAUAUGUACGCAUUUGGUCGAUAGAAUAAUUUUCAGCCCAUACGUACCUGUUAGAUCUGCCUUCCUGUGUCCAAAACAUACUGAGCCACCUGGCAUUUUCUUUUGGGGGUUAUGGUCUUUAGGGUUGGGCGAUUUGACAAAAUUGUCAUUAUAUUUUGAUAAUUAAAUGGCCUGCAGAGAGACGGCCCGCACCCACGAGAGUUGGGCGUGAAAGUGGCCGCUUGGAGCGAUUUCGGACGCAUCGUCCAACCCUAAUCCGCAUCCUUUUUAUUGUCUUACACUUGUGUCGUCUGCAUUUUUUUGGGGGGGGGCAUUUUCACUGCAAACCUGUGGUUGUAGUGUUUACUGAAAAUGGGGGAAAUCCUGUAUAUGACUAAAUGUCUCAAAAUGUACGUUUAAUAUUUCUGCCCUCUGGCUUGUUGCCAGCUCCUCUUGUUGCAUUGUUGUCAAUGGAAUUGUUCUCUGGAGUGAUUUCCUUUUUUUUUUAUAAAUACAGAGUUGUGAACAAAAGGACAUGACCUGGAUGUGCUGCCAGUGUGAAGACGUUUGCUCUGAUUUGUGAGUACUUUUAGGGAGUGCCUUCAGAGUGAUGAUUUCUUACAGCUCUCCCUUUAACUUAAAAGUCGGCAAAAGUUCUCACCGCACUACGAGGCGAGGCUGGAGUCGUUUUCCCCCAGUAGCUGCGGCUGUUUUGAAAACCAAGCAGCUCGCGUGAAAAGAUGUGCUGCGGCGCUGGAUAUUGCACAGGUUGCCGAUCAUUGCAUGACAAGCCGUAGAAAUCAUCACUUCACACAGGCUUAUUUUUCUUUCUUCUCGAAACUACCAGCGAGAUAAAAUUUGAGACAAAAACGAAGUAUUGACUAUUACAAACUGACAUGUUUUGAUAUGUUUGUUACUCCUUCCAGUCAAUGGAAUUGUAAACCGGUAAUUGUUUUCAUGAGAAUUGCAGCAAAAUUGAGUUUUUACGUAAAAUAAAGAGUUGUACAAUA